AUGAUGCAUGGUCGAGCGGAUGGAUACAGUGAGUUGGACUUCUAUGUCAAUAUCCCACCUCGUGGUGGAAGUUGCUUUGUUGACAAAUCUGAAGGCUAUUCAGACAAGACUUCGUUUUUGUUCCAGUGCAAGGAAUGGGCUGACGAAGAUCUUCCAUUGUCGUACGAGUUUAUGUAUUACACGCGUUACGGGGUCGUGUUUCUCUUGUAUGAUGAUAUUUCACCUGUUUUUGUUACCAAGUUACCACUCGGUGAUGUGGAAAAGAACUUUACCUUGAACUUGCAAGUGAAAGUAAUCGAUGCUCACGGCACAUACAACACCACAAAAAUCGACGUCCAGGUAUUUCUCGGUACAAACAAACAAAAUGAGACUUUAUCAAAGUUCCAGAACUUCGCAAUUAAGUCGUUGUCUUCACUAAUGGAAGAGGGAAAGACACAGGAAGCCACUCGUGAGAUGAAUGCGAUCGCCUCCGUUCUAAAUGCCUUUGCAUUGCAAAAUGGAACCACAGAGAAAGAGGAACGCAAACAAGAGUCUAGAUGA